AUGGCGGUCGCAAGAGACAUUGUGAACAAGGUGCAGAAGAUGCGAAAGGACACGAAAUUGAUGCAGGAUGAUCCUGUUGACAUGUGGGCAGAGGUCAGACCUGGCAAGAAGAGCAAAGGCCUUGUCCGAAAGUCCAUGACAGCCAAGCGGGAUUACAUCAUCAAACUCCUCAGAAGGGGGCUUUGGGAUUCUAGCACGCGUCAAGGACACGAGGUGCUCGUCAACGAAGAGAGCUUUGUGAUCCAAGACGACGAUGAAUUGGUGGUGUCGAUCACCGUCCGUGGUCCUUUCUUCAAUCCUUCGGCAAUGAAGGAGCUUACGAAAAAUGAUCCCGCUGCUGAAGCUGCUUGCCGAGGGUAUUUGCAGACCUUCGACCUGGAGGGUCUAAGCCAGUUCUGCAAAAAGAACACAGCAAAGGUGACUUUCGAUGGCAAGACCUUUGAGAUGAAACAUGAUAAACAUUUCGUCAUCGGUCCUUCCGAAGCGAGCUGGUUGAAGUGA